GUAUGGUGAUUAUGUCAAAUGGUAAUACUAAUUUCUCAUGCAUUAUGACCUACUUGUCACAAAUUUAUUCUUGGGGAGGCACUCAUAGAACAUCAAAUGAAAAAAUCUUUGGGUUUUAUUUAUUAUAAGAUGCAAAUGCUGUUUAAUUUCCAUUGGGGGUUACAUAAAACAAAUCCCUAGAGUUAAAGCAAAACUGUCUUUUGCAGGUGAAUGAACUGGAGGGGGACUGCUUCACUUACAACUGCAGGUAGUGUGGUCGGAAGGCCAUAGACAUCAACAAGUGUGUAACCACAGUCAAAACAUACAGUUCAGCCAUGUUGGAAGAGGAUAUGGAAGUGGCCAUCAAGGUGGUGGUGGUUGGAAAUGGGGCAGUGGGGAAAUCGAGCAUGAUCCAACGGUACUGCAAGGGUAUUUUCACCAAAGACUACAAGAAAACCAUUGGUGUGGAUUUCCUGGAAAGGCAAAUUCAAGUUAAUGAUGAGGACGUCAGGUUGAUGCUGUGGGACACAGCCGGGCAAGAGGAGUUUGAUGCUAUAACAAAAGCGUACUAUAGAGGUGCCCAGGCCUGUGUCCUGGUGUUCUCAACUACUGACAGAGAGUCUUUCGAGGUUAUCCCUGGUUGGAAGGAGAAAGUAGAGGCUGAAGUUGGAGAUAUCCCCACAGUCUUAGUACAGAACAAAAUUGACUUACUGGAUGAUACAGUGAUUAAAAAUGAAGAGGCAGAGGGUUUGGCUAAAAGAUUGAAGUUGAGAUUUUAUCGGGCUUCUGUGAAGGAGGAUCUAAACGUGAAUGAAGUUUUCAAGUAUCUGGCUGACAAGUACCUUCUGCGGCUCAAACAGCAAACAACAGAAGAACAGGAACAAGUGCACACAACAAGCAAUCGAAUAGGUGUGUUCAACACAGCGGGUGGAAGUCACUCUGGCCAGAAUUCCAGCAUGAUUAAUGGGGAGAUCAUUAACCUUCGGCCAAACAAGCAGAGAACCAAGAAGAACAAAAACCCUUUUAGUAGCUGCUGAAUACUCUAGCAGUUGAAUCCUGCUGCAGUAUAUAUAGUCUCUGCAAUUGUUCAGAUCAGUCAGGGUUACAAUCUAGGUAUCUCGGUCCUUCGGAGAGACGGUUUAAUACAGUGAAGACCUGCAGUACUUGGCAGUUGGCUAACCCAAACUCUGCUUUGUGAAGACGUCAGAAAACAAUCAUUCAGUCUGAAUUUGGAAUAGGUUUUCAGAGUUCAGAAUGAGACUCCUGGUGAGUGUAAGCGGGAUGACUAUCACAAGCUUGUCUAAUUCAUGUAAGGUUUUGUUUUAAUUGAUUGAUAUGUUUGAUUGUUUACAAGCUAGUCACCUAUGUUCUGAGACAGAUGUGUUUGUGCUGCGCUGCCUCUCUGGAAACGAUCUGCUCUUGCAGUAUCUAGAAGGAAAGCAGUGGCGGAUUCAAUGUGAUGAUGUUCUAGCAAAGCACAAUGCUUUGAGCUAGAGAGGAUUCCAAUACCUGGACUAAGGAACACCAGAUCAAAAGUGUGAUGCAUUCCUUCAGGGUAUUUACUAAAAAGCCUUUUUGUGUUUUAAUGAAUUAUGAAAUUCUAUUGUCAUUUGAACAGAUGCAAAGAAAGCAUUGCCAUUUGUGCUUUAGAUUUGUGAUUGUUAAUUGACAUAACUAACUCCUAUAAAUUGUGCAAUAUUUCUGUGUUGGAUGCAGCCUGAAGCAAAUUACUUUGCUACUAGGAGCAGUUUUAUCUAAAGGUGGUUUUUGAGUUGAUAAUUGUACUGUUUAGAUAUUUUAGGUAAGGAACCAUUUUUGCCAUUCAGUAAUAAUAUUCACCGUUUCUAGUCUUAAGAUGGGUCAUUUGCUUUUUGUAUGCUUGACAUUUUACGAUGUAAUCAUGUCUGUCAAUUGUACGCAUGGCAUAUUAGGAAAACUUCCUUCACGGGUCUUAACAUUAUUCCAAGGAAGAGAAUUACACGAGUGCCAAGAUGGGCCUGCAAUUCUUGCUUUGCCUUUUUGUCUUGGAACAGGUAGACUGAGAAAGCUGUGAAAAUCUCACACUUGGAGAAUGCGAAUGGCAAAUAAUCACAACAGAUUAAAGCUGCAUUACUUGCCAGCUGGAAAAUCACUCUUGAAUAAUCCUGCCGUUUGCAUCGUUUUUGGGGGGUGGGAAGGGGAGAAAAUAAAAUCUUGACUGUGUGCUUAAAAACAAAAUAUGCAUCGCACCUUUAGUGCGCUCGGUCCGGAUUACAUUUGGCAACUGCAC